ACAUAGAAGAAAUAGAUUGCAGAGUGAAAAGCCCAUCUCCCACAUGAAUGCCUCUGUAAAAGUCUCUGCUGAUCUUCUCUUCCUUUCUCUGUUCAAAGCCAAAUCUAAGCUACAAUAAUUUUAAAUCCAACACGCCAUGUCCUCUCCAUUUGCUAUUAUAUUUUUCCUUUUUUAAAGUCAGCAUCUUUUCCAUGGCUUCCUGAUAUGAUAUGUCUCUUGUUCUAUGGAGUUAUUAUAGGUUAAAGACUCUGCUUGCCGUUGUUGUUGUUACCGUUGGUUGACAAGGUUCGAUUUUCAGGUGCUAAUUUGGCGUUAGAGGUGUAAUUUCAGAUACUCAUCUCUUCGAUUUUUGAAAUGCCACCAACCCCAUUUGAGAAUUCGAGGAAUUUUUGUUUUAUUUGAUCACUGAAGUUAGGGCUUUUGUGUCAUCAGUUAGUUUGUGAAGUUGUUUCGAUUCCCGUUUGGGUUACUGAGUUCUUCGUGCUAAGAUGGAGUAUAGUGGAAAUGUUGUACACGUCAUCCCUAAUGCCAGCGAGAAUUGGAUGCCGAAUUCUGGGGAUCCGUCUGUUUGGGCCACAGAAGAUGAGUACCGGGUGUGGAACUCGCGAGAAUCCUCCAUCGAUACAACCUCCAACUUCAACUAUGACCAGAGACUGUCCCAAUCGCGGUCAGGCGGUGAACCCGCUAAUAAGAAGUCAAGAAAUGCAGGCCAGGAAUCGAAAUCGAAGGCGAUAGGGAAGAUGUUCUUCAAGACCAAGCUCUGCUGUAAGUUCCGUGCUGGUACCUGCCCUUACGUCACCAACUGCAACUUUGCCCACAACAUGGAGGAACUCCGUCGGCCACCCCCAAACUGGCAGGAAAUUGUGGCCUCCCAUGAGGAGGAGAAAGGUGUGAUUCAAUCGGAGCCUAUGGAAGAAUAUCAAAUUCCUUCCUAUGGGGUUGAGACACAGAGGUCCUAUAAAGGUAGGCAUUGCAAGAAGUUUUACACGGAGGAAGGCUGUCCCUAUGGUGAUAACUGCACGUUUUUGCAUGAUGAGCAGUCAAAGAAUAGGGAGAGUGUGGCUAUAAGUUUGGGUCCAGGAGGGUAUGGUGGUGGCAGUGCCGGUGGUGUUGGUGGCAGCAGCAGUGGUGUAGUAGUAGUAGGAGGAGGAGGAGCAGGAGUGGCCUGUGCUGGGAAUUUGAAGCCCUCAAAUUGGAAGACAAGGAUAUGCAAUAAGUGGGAGAUUACUGGGUAUUGCCCGUUUGGGAGCAAGUGCCAUUUUGCACAUGGUGCUGCAGAAUUACAUCGGUAUGGUGGAGGUCUUGUUGAGGCAGAAGCUAAUUCUUCAGCUGGCCCAGCUGAUUCAAAGCAAGCUGGCGUGCCUUCAAACACUCCCACAGAUAGCAUGGUUGGAUUGGUCCCUUCAGUUCCUCAUUCAGAUGUUUAUCUUAUUGGAGUUCCAUCACAAAGGUCAUGUAUUAUAAUCCAGAAGCCUGGGCAGAGAACUCAUCAGAAAUGGAAGGGUCCGGACAGGAUCAGUAGGAUAUAUGGUGACUGGAUUGAUGAUAUCGAAUAAGAUUUUCGAACUGUUUUCUGCAAAUUCUCGACGAAAUCUAAUGAGAACUUAGACAGCCUACAUGAAGGAAGACUGAAGGGAUAACAGAAGAAUGUAAUUCUCAUAAUUCAUGAUGGAGCAUCAGAAGGAGAUUCUUGUUUGCCUGAAGUCCCUUCACACCUGCUUAUUGGGGCUCUUAGCCCCAUGUUGAUUGCGCGGCCUGUUAUCCUGUUUGCUUGAAUCUUGUGUUGCUUUGUAGUCUUUGAUCCCUGUUUUUAAACUAUAAUCACUAGAUGAACUCACCGUUGGAGACUAAUGCUAUCUCUGUAUUUGUACCAUUUGCGCGAAUUUACAGUCUCUCUCUCUGUUUGUUUGUUCAUCAGAAGUUCAGCUUUUUAAAUUA